AUGUUGACUCUGCUUCGCUUGCUGCUGGUGUGUGCCAUUCUCGGCCAGAUCCUUGGUCUGGAUGAGCGGGAGUACGAUCCACAGGUGGCACCACUAGCCACAGCUGUUCCAAAACCCUUUCAGCUGUGGCGCAGCUUUGCCAAUCAAGUGCGAGUCGCCUUCAGACGCUGGCAGCCUCAACCCACGCCCAAGCCGAAGCCGCAGCCCUUGGCCAGCUCCACAGUCAAGACCAGAACGAGGAGCACCACAACUCAGCCUGAACUCCAGUUCUAUGGUGCAUUAAAUCCCAUUUACCAGAUGGGCAACUUUUAA